AUGUAAAACUCUGCUGGUUAAACUUUGAUCUAAGAUUUCCUCCGACCCACGAGGGCGUGGUUUUGUGGGAGGAGCCACAGAGUUUGUGCCUCAUACAGUUUUACUUUUGCUUCACAGGAGUUCGGACAGCACUCACCAUGGAGCAGGUGUGUGAGGACACACACACAGGCUUCAAAUUCAACUUUUCCAAGUUGGACAGUGUCUUCGCCUGGUUGGGUCUGAUUGUGUUUUUGGCUGACAUCGUCUUAGACUUUGUUACACUGGUGUUUUUUUACCAGACGGGGGCGUACUGGAGAUUUUCCAUCCUGCUGAUUUUAAUCCUGGGCUCGUCCGUACUCGUCAACACCUACAGCUGGCUGUGGUAUAAAUACGACAAGUUUGAAAGGGAAAUGGCGGUUGAGACGUGCCUGAGUCCACGGCUGUUCCACGUCGUCCAUGUGUUCCAGCUGGGAUUCUUUGUCAGGCAGGCAGGCGUCCUGGAGGUGCCCGUACUCAAGUGUUGGAAGAAGAAGAUGGAGAAGAAGAAAGAACUGGAGGGAUACGCAGUGUACCGAAGCCACGACUUCUGCUUUCUGAAGCUCAUCGAGGCGUUCUCAGAGAACAGCCCUCAGCUGCUGCUCAUGCUCACCUCCGUGCUUCACCAACAUCAGGCCCAGCUGAUCCAAGGUAUUGAAGUAUGGAAGGCCCUGGCAUCAGCCUGUGGCAUCGCCCUCGGCGUGACCAUGUACCACCGCUCCCUACGCUCCUUCCUGCCAGAUAAAGCAAACCAGAAGGUGGCGUCGUCUUUGGUCUACUUCUCCUGGAACCUGUUCCUUAUCUCGUCUCGCCUCGUGGCGUUGGCGCUCUUCGCCUCUGUGCUGCCUUGGUUCAUCUUCGCUCACUUCCUCUGCUCUUGGCUUGUUUUGUUUUUCUGUGCCUGGAGAUGCCAGACGUCCUUCAUGGACAGCUCUGCUGGAGAAUGGCUUUUCCGAGCCACCGUAGGCCUUAUUUGGUACUUCAACUGGCUCAACGUGGCCAAGGGACGGACGAGGAACCGGACCCUGCUCUACCACGGGUACAUGCUGCUAGAUAUUUGUCUGCUCUGCCGGUGGUUCUGGAAGAUGAGCACAGAAUCGAAUCUGGAAAAAAGCAUAGCUGUCAGUGUGGUUGUUGUUGUUUACGUCCUUGGGCUCAUUUUGAAGGUCAUAUACUAUAAAUGUAUUCACCCAACAUUGAGCAAAGAGAAGGCGACCACUGAAGAUGGAGGCGUGCUCUCUAAGGGGACCACGGCAGAGGAGCCAGAAGACACCGAGGUCACGUUCCGCAGCCUUCCAGGCCCACCAACACCCAGCGUCGAAGACAGGAGCAGAAUGAGGAAGUUGGCUGAAAUCUUCUACUCCUGAGUCUGGACCACGGUCACACUGCGGUUCAUGAAGGUAGAAAACCAUGACUACAGUCAGUAAGUACUGAACAACAACUGAACAACAACAACAGAACAACAACAGGAGGAGGCGUAGUUUCCAUCCUGCUGAUUCGUCCGUACUGGUCAACACCUACAGCUGGCUGUGGUACAGUUAGGACGACUUCGAAAGGAAAAUGGCGGUUGAGACGUGCUUGAGUCCACGGCUGUUCCACGUCGUCCAUGUGUUCCAGCUGGGACUCUUUGUCAGGUCAGAACAAACUCUCCUACAGUUCUGUUCUUACUCAGCCUCUCAGACCGUCCACAUUUCCUCUUUAUCUCAUCCUUGGCUCUAGUUUGACCAGUUUUUAGUUUCAUUUUCAUCCAUUUUUAACACACUUGUUUGUCAUGCAGCCUCGCCCUUGGUUUUCCACACUCUCUGUUGUCCCUCACCAGGUGAAACAUAAAGCUAAACUAGUUUUGAGAUUGUGUUUUGAUGAAAAAAAAGUAAUAUAUAUAUAUGUGUAUGUACAGAAUCAUAUCUGCUAAAUAUUGUAUUAAAUAAUAUUCUAUUAUAAUGUUAUUAAUUGUGAUUAAACACCAGAAACUGUCAUGACUGUCAUGAUUAAUCAUCAUCAGAAAAACCACUGCUGUGGUUGUUCAUGUUGUUGUUGUUGUUCAUGUUGUUGUUGUUGUUCAUGUUCUUGGGCUCAUUUUAAAGGUCAUGUACUACUGUAUUCAUUCUGUCACCCAACCUUGACCAAAAAGACAGAGAGCACUUAUAAACAGAGAGAGUGGAUUUCUUUACAACAGUAGCAGGAGAAGUGUUGACACUUUCCUCAAACUCCUGGUCCGGGGACCACUUCUGUCCCACAAACUCCCCACAUCUGGCCCUUCACUAAAUUUGAUUAUUUGUUUGUUUUUUUUUUUUGCCCUGGUACGAAUGCUAGAACAGAGUCUCCAGAGACAAACGACGAGACACAGACUCGAGUCUGAAAGUUUAAAAUUUAUUUACAUUUUACUGCGCGUCUCCAGUCAACAGGCAAACCUUCGGGGACUGCGUCGAGGUCCCAAACGGAUACAGACAGAAAAGAAAGCGAAGCUCGCAGUUGAUUGGAUCACAUUUCUGACUCACAGGUCCUUGAAUGACAGCAAAGUAAAAGUCAAGAACGAAAGAGAGGUUUAGCGAGUUUAAAUGUUGCACGUUUGAGAUGGAGUAAAAAGAAACGAGUCGUUUGACCACGUGAGCGGUCACUACAGCUGAAGGUCACUGUACGUCAGAUGCACUCGUUUUUAUUCUUCCCUAAAUACCAUGUAUUCCAGUUCAGGAUUGUCGGAGCGAUGCAAAUUUUCACAGCAACUGUAAGAGAAAAAAAACCAACACAACGGCUCCUUUUCAAAAGGAGAAAUAAACAUUUGUCGAUGCCGAGUGAAAUGGUGUAAAAAGAAAAAAACAAAACAAAACUGGCUUAAAUACAGUGCAGACAGAAGAAAAAGUCUAACUUAAACGGACUACAAGAAGAUAACACUUUGGAGAUAACAUAACGAUGCAGUGAUUAAUGCAUGAACACAGAUUAUAUGACGGACAGACGAGGCUUAAAGGCACAAUAUAAAUAUGAACCGUCUCUCAAACACAAAACACACAACAGAAAUACACAUUCGUCACGGUCAAGCUGCAUCUUAUAGGUCACUAAAAAAAAA